UUGGAGUGCAGAGCGGAGUUGGGCCGCCGGAGGAAGGGAACCAGAAGAGAGGGGUUUCCAGUCCAAGUUUGCGCGGCGGCGGCCGCGUCCCGGGGGUGCCUGUCCCGCUUCGCGCUGCAGCAGCCGGAAUCGAGCCCUCCCGGCGGACUGGAACUCUCGGUCCGGGUUCCAGACGGGCGCUAGAGGCUCGACCAGAGGCCGGGGAGGAACUUCUCUUGCAAGCUGUCGCCGAGGGCCCUUAUUGUCUGCAGGAACUCUCCGGAAUCGGGAGGGGGAGGACUGGAUCGCUCUUCCACUGGGAUUCGUCAAGAGUUCCGGCGGCAGCUGCGGCGGUUGCGGAGUCUCCCUUUGUCCUCCUAGGACCUCCCUCCUUCCCGGUCUCCCUCCUUCUGUCAGUUAGUAGGUCCUGCUGACCCAGGCGCCGGCGCCCUAGCUGCUCGCAACCCCCCACCCCAGGGUGCGUCCCUGGUAACUCCUACCACCCUAGCGUCGCCACCGAGUCGAGCAGAGGGGGCUGUGAGCAGGAGGGAGUCGCAGACCCCUGGCCGCAGGAUGGUGGCGGGGCUCUCCCCGGCGCGCAGUCCCGGGAGCUGGCUGGUCCCCGGGCUGUGGCUGUUAGCUCUCAGCGGUCCUGGGGGGCUGGUGAGCGCCCAGGAGCAGCCCUCCUGCCGUGGAGCCUUUGAUCUCUACUUCGUCCUGGACAAGUCUGGGAGUGUGGCAAAUAACUGGAUUGAAAUUUACAAUUUUGUCCAGCAACUCACAGAGAGAUUUGUGAGCCCUCAAAUGAGAUUAUCUUUCAUUGUGUUUUCUUCUCAAGCAACCAUUAUUUUGCCAUUAACUGGAGACAGAGGCAAAAUCAGUGAAGGCUUGGACAAUUUAAAACGUGUUAGUCCCGUAGGAGAGACAUACAUCCAUGAAGGACUAAAGCUAGCAAAUGAACAAAUUGAGAAAGCAGGAGGCUUAAAAACCUCCAGUAUCAUAAUUGCUCUGACAGAUGGGAAGUUGGAUGGUCUGGUGCCAUCAUAUGCAGAGAAAGAGGCAAAAAUAUCCAGGUCCCUUGGGGCUAGAGUUUAUUGUGUUGGUGUCCUUGACUUUGAACAAGCUCAACUCGAAAGAAUUGCUGAUUCUAAGGAACAAGUUUUCCCUGUCAAAGGUGGAUUUCAAGCUCUUAAAGGAAUAAUUAAUUCUAUACUAGCUCAGUCGUGCACUGAAAUCCUGGAAUUACGGCCCUCAAGCGUCUGUGUGGGGGAGGAAUUUCAAAUAGUUUUGAAUGGAAGAGGAUUCAACUUGGGCAGUCGGGAUGGCCGUGUUCUCUGUACUUACACUGUUAAUGAAACAUACACAAAAAGUGUAAUGCCAGUGAGUGUGGAAAGUAAUUCUAUGCUUUGUCCUGCACCUACCUUGAAUGAAGUUGGACAAACUCUUGAUGUUUCAGUGAGCUUUAAUGGAGGAAAUUCUGUCAUCUCAGGCUCACUAAUAGUCACAGCCACAGAAUGUUCUAGUGGGAUUGCAGCCAUCAUUGCUAUUUUGGUGUUACUGCUACUCUUGGGCAUCGGUUUGAUGUGGUGGUUUUGGCCCCUUUGCUGCAAAGUGGUUAUCAAGGAUCCUCCUCCACCACCACCCUCUGCACCAAAAGAGGAGGAAGAAGAACCUCUGCCUACCAAGAAAUGGCCAACCGUGGAUGCUUCUUAUUAUGGUGGUCGAGGGGUUGGAGGAAUUAAAAGAAUGGAGGUUCGUUGGGGCGAUAAAGGAUCUACGGAGGAAGGUGCAAGGCUAGAGAAAGCCAAAAAUGCUGUGGUGACCAUUCCUGAAGAACCAGAGGAGCCCCUUAGGCCCAGACCACCUCGACCCAAACCUACACUCCAGCCUCCUCAGACAAAGUGGUACACACCAAUUAAGGGUCGGCUGGAUGCGCUCUGGGCUUUGUUGCGGAGGCAGUAUGACCGGGUGUCCUUGAUGCGACCUCAGGAAGGAGAUGAGGGCCGGUGCAUAAACUUCUCUCGAGUUCCCUCUCAGUAAAAGGAAAGCAGGAAGACCAAGAGGUAUGAAGAUGGUACAUCUUCACGAUGCAGAUUUCCAACCAAAAGAAAACAAAGUGCAUUUCAGAAGUUUUUGGAAGAGCAGCUUUAUUCCUCUCAGUCAGGAAAUGUUUUCUCUGCCUUCUGCUUUGCUUGCAUCAAACAUUUUCAAACCCUGGUUCUGCCAUCUACAUGGGAAUUGAUGAAACUCAAUGGUAACACAUGAUUCAGGACAUUAAAAAUAAAAAGGAACUUUAAUGUACAUGCUGUGGUUUAUACAAGAAAGUUGUUUUGAAUGUGUAAAAGAGGAAGAAACAAAAGCAUGAAGAUGAUAUCAAAAUAGGGAGCACAAAACAAUUGGCCCUGGUGAAUCUUUAAUGGAGAAAGGAGCAUUUUACAUGGAAACAUGGCACUUGUGUGUUUACAUGGCAAGAUUCUUAGCCAAAGGCAGAGUAUGAAAUCUCCCACCAGGCUAAGCAAAUAAAGGAGUCUAUUGCCUUAUAGCUGUGUCAGAUCACAAAAUCCUUCCAAGUCCACUACCACGAUGUGCCUUCCGGGAAGCUUCUGACUGGAAAAUCUUGUCAUUCUAACACUGAAAAGUGCACACGUAUGACAAAAUGUAGACAGGAUGCCUCAAGGUAUCAGUAGCAAGCAAGAUUUUGCCCUUUAGUUUUUGAAGGCACCUUUCUUUCAUUAUGCAUUUGGGAAAAGAAGAAAAUUAAUAGAACAUUAUUCCACAGGAAGACGGCCUCUAACUAGAGAUCUUCAGUGGAGCUUAAUGGACUCAUGAUUUGAGAACUUGUCCCUGGGAUUGGUAGAUUUACCCCUCUUUCUAUGUUUAGGGCUUAGUAGUACAUAAAGCAGUAAUAUCUGUUAACAUACCUAGGAGUUUGUUUUGCUUUUAAUUUAAAGGAAGCAAUAACCACAAAGCUUCCGCUCAGGGUAUUUUCUUCCUCCAAGUCUCCAAGGGCUCUUCAGCGUCACAAGCCAGCAACUCUCUUUGCAUGAAAAUUUCAAAAUUUAAUUAAUAUAAUUAAAGGCAACAGCAAGCAGCAGACUGUGAAGAUUUUGCUCAUCCUUUUUAUGCCUUUUGACAUUGAAUGACCUAUUACUGUAUGCGCAUUACUUGGAUUUUGAGGGGCACUCUACCUUGGUUGUGAUUCAGUAGAGAGAGAAAAAAGGCCUCCUCUCAUCAAGUUAUAAAUUAAAUUUCAGGAGGGUCUACCACCACAAAACAUCGAAAAUGUAUGUAUUAUAAUUUUUUUAGAAAAACCACCGUGUCACGUCAACGAUGCCAAAUUAUGUUAGCGUGAGCGGAAACACUGUGGGGGAGGAAGAAGGCAGCAGCUGAUGAAAAAAGCUCAAAUGAUCUAGUCACUUUCGAUACUGUACUUCAGAUGCGAAAUGGAUAUUCGACUGGAAACCUGACAAAGUGCGCCUGCUUUGAUGUGAACUGGUAUAGACAAUGACCAGUGGCUGGGUCAGUGGAAUGUCUCUCUGCGAGCACAAAGGCUUAUCAAAUGACACUAAAAAUAAGUUCAACAACCAUCACAUUGGAAGGGAGAAGGCGAACAUUUCAUGUUUGGCGGGCAUGUGAGUGCACAAGAUGGAAACAGUGAUUCGGAGCAUCCCAGUAUAAUUACCCCCAUUGAGCGCUUAAUGGAAAUCUCAAAGGAUGGGAGUGAUUCUGAUGGUUGGUGUCCAGAUUUGUUGCACUGCUCCAAUAAGCCUUGCUCACACACACAAAUUUUUAUACAUAGAUAUGUGUAUACAUAUAUAUCCUCUAGCUUGAAUCUUUUGCUCAAGUUUAUUUAUGUCACUGGCUGGCUGGAUCCAAAGUCAUGUGUCUACAUAUUCAUAAAUAAAAUUUUACCCGUGCCUCAGCUACCAUUUUUCUUUAAGCCCACAUGAACUCAAGCCUUGUUUGGUUGAAUAUUUAAUUGUCUUGAUUAGUUUCAGGGACAGAAUUGUAUCCAGUUCCAAAAUGUCCAUUAUGUUCACAAAUGGUAGUGUUGGUACUAAUUAUCCACGUUUGCAAGUGUGACUUGGAAACCAGAUAUAUACCCAUUGAGUUCUUGUAGGCCAUCGUUCUACAUUUGCAUCUGGGGCAGGGCCUACUGCGAUUUUCUUAAAUUGGCACUUCAUUUCUAACCAGUGCACACCCCGAAUUUAAGAGCCUCAAGGGUACUACAGAAGCUAAGGCUGCUUCUUUGGUAGUUCCUUUGAAUUUGUCUAGUAUCAUGGCAAUUGUAUGAUACUUUUAUUUUGUACAUGAGCAGUGUAAGUAGACCUUUGCCCUUAAAUGGCAAAAUAGCUUUCAGUAGAUUGUAAUGAAAAUGGAUUUCCAGUUCUAAUACCACUAUGAAGAACUCUCAGUGAAGAGGGACAGGCAAUGGUCUAUGUAGAGACUAAAAAAUAUCAUUCAUAAAGUUCAAAGACAGAUGGAAUUUUAUUGCACUUAAAUAUAUGAACAAGAUCUAGGUUAUGAUUUUCUCUGAUUAUGCUAACUAGCAAAUUGAGAAGAAUUUGCUUUAAAGAGUACUGUAUUCUCACCAAAGGACUAAAUUGAACACCCCUACACUUUUCAACCAGGAAAAUGAAAGGUUAAAAUAAAGCCAUUUCUAUAAGUUUAGUAACAUUUUAUAUUUUAUAUAGAGAAACAGUUCCUGUUUAAUUUUUUGGACAUAAUGUCAGUCAAGAUCUACUUUCUGUGAGUAAAUUAGUUAAGUCUUUAUCCAUAAUCCAUUUGUGUUGCAUAAGGUUGCAAAAACAAUUAAGUGGGAAAUGACUCCUAACUUAUGUGUCUACUCUGCCUGGAAAGAAAGUUUUGAAGGCAUCUAUAUAUAUUUCAUAACAAUGUCUGUUCUUUAUGGAUUUGAUCCAUAAAUAUUUAUCUAUCUGAAAACUUUGAUACUUGGAAUGUUUUCCUUAAAGCAUUUGGUGCUCCAAGAAAAAACAUUUGGUGCUAAGAGUUGCAGCACUGAUGCCUUUCCCCAAGUUAAUUCUAUUUUAAAUUUUUAUAUUUCCUUCCCAAUGAGAUGCAGAGUAAAAUUUGAGACCCUCCAUUAAGUAGGGAGCAGCAUCUGUCAUCCAUGGAUAAUUACUCUUUUGGCAAAAAUAUAUAAGGUUUAAACCUCCUACAUUUUAAAUUGUUAGAAAAAAAUGAUUUGCUUAUAUUUUUCCUGAAUUUUAUUCUAACCACUUUAAAUCAUAAGUUAUUCAGUAUUUGUUUUUCUAAUAAAUCCUUACUGGAUACAAGAUCUGGGUGUCUCUGUGAACUUAACUUUAUUAUAUAAAUAUCACUGACCAUUGUUUACUGCUCAGAGGCAAUUUAUUAGGUUAUUUUAAAAAUUAAAACAGCCUAUAUUAUGACCAAGAAGGUGUCUAAAAUAUUUUUUUGAUUGAUCUGCUUACAUAU